CCGGCGCGCCACGCUCCUUUCCCCGGCCCGCUGCUGAGCUGAGGCGGCAGGCGCUCUGAUCCUCGUUGGCGCGCGACCGUGGCGUCACCUCCGGGCGGCAGCGGGGCGGCAGCAGCGUGGUGGGCGCGCGGAGGUGGCAGCCCGUCUCCUAAAGCCGCCAUGGAUUACUUCUCCAAGCCCGGCUUCCUCAGCAUCCUGGCGGGGGUUGCCUGCGGUGUGUGCCUGGGAUGGGGCAUCCGCGGUCGGCUCCUGCGGCAGCACCGCGCCAUGGCGGCGUCCGCCGGCGGCUGUGGGACCGAAAGCAACGUCAUGGGAGAGUCGGGAGAGUUCAAGAUGGUGCUGAUCGUCCGCAACGAUCUGAAGAUGGGGAAGGGUAAAGUAGCGGCACAGUGUUCCCACGCGGCCGUUUCUGCCUACAAGCAGGUUCAAAGGAGGAACCCCGAGCUCCUGAAGCAGUGGGAGUACUGCGGGCAGCCCAAGGUGGUCCUCAGAGCUCCCGAUGAAGAGACUCUGAUUCAGCUCCUGGCUGAUGCCAAGCGCCUGGGACUGACUGUGAGCUUAAUACAGGAUGCUGGUCGCACUCAGAUAGCACCAGGCUCCCAGACCGUCCUCGGUAUCGGGCCGGGACCUGCUGAUGUAGUAGAUAAAGUUUCUGGUCAUCUAAAACUCUUCUGAGCUGGGGAGCAAAGGAAUUUGAGUGCACUGGUAUAGAUGGGUGCUGAAGGGAUAAAAUCCCAGAUUUGGGAUGUUUCAGUGUGUUCUCCAGUAGAAAUAAAGUUACUGUUUUUUGUAAAAGA